AGGCUGGAAAAGACGACUUUCAUAACAUCAACACAGACUAAAGCACAGACGAUGGAGCGAGCGACUAACAAUUCUACCGCUGCCAUGGCCAACUUUUCCUUCUACUCUCACAUGACUGGCAAGGUACCAAUGUCUGUUGGAGUUCGCCGUCUUUUUUAUGCCUUGACUCCUUCUGAAGCGUCUUUCCCUGAGAUUCUGGAUGUACCAGACUAUCUGAAUGAGGCAGUGCCAUUUUUUGUGUCAGCCAUCAUUCUGGAACAGCUUAUUGCCAUGGCCUGUGGCCUGCCAACACUAAGGCUAAAUGAUGCCUUUAGCAGCUUCUCUGCAGGCUUGAUAUCCCAGCUCUCUAAACUUGUUACUCUCUCUGUUGAACUGGUAUGUUAUGCAUACCUGUACAAUAAUUUCCGUCUGCUGUCACUCCCCUGGGGUUCGCCGUGGACGUGGUAUUUGUGCUUCUUGGGCGUGGAUUUUACCUAUUAUUGGCUUCAUCGGGCCUCACACGAGGUUAACAUUAUCUGGGCAGCUCACCAAGUCCACCACAGCUCAGAGGACUACAACCUCAGCACUGCCCUCAGACAGUCUGUGACGCAAAAUUUCUCAACAUUUCUAUUCUGGCUUCCUAUGUCAGUAGCCGUUCCUCCGUCUGUCUUCCUCGUCCAUCAUCAGUUCAACACUCUUUACCAAUUCUGGAUCCACACAGAGGUUGUGAGAAGUGUUGGCCCCUUGGAGUACAUCUUGAACACACCAAGUCACCACAGAGUUCAUCACGGACGCAACCCAUACUGCAUUGAUAAAAACUAUGGUGGCACAUUAAUAAUAUGGGAUCGGCUGUUUGGGACAUUUCAAGCAGAAAGGGAAAAGGAGAAGAUUGCUUAUGGACUUGUACAUCCGCUCGCCAGCUGGAACCCUAUCUGGACUCAAGUUUCCCAUUAUGCUCAUAUAUGGAACACAUUUUGGGCAACUCCUGGUUUAAACAACAAGCUAUCAGUGUUAUUCAAAGGUCCCGGAUGGACACCUGGUCCUGGUCAUCCUCGUCUCGGUAACCCUGACGACCUCCCAGAGAUUGAGUACCCUAUUGUGAAGUAUGACAGCUCUCCUGGUCUCAUAAAGACACUGUACUUUGUCCUGCAUGGGCUUGUAUUCAUGAUCGCCUAUCAGAAUAUCGUCGUUAACUCGACAGUUUUAGGUCCGGUUCGAGUCUGGGCGGUGGUUCUGUUUAUGCUUUUGACACUCACCUCACUUGGGGCAACUUUCGAUAACACAUGGUACGCGCGACAUCUGGAACUAGGCCGGUGUAUCCUCUUCCUGACUAUUAGUCAUGUGCUUAUGGUGUACAAGGUAGAGCGUGGAGCUUUUCCAGCUCCAACUGUGGAUGUUGUACACAAGAUUUAUAUCGCCUCGGCGGUGGUCUGUGCCAUGGAUCUUAUCACUCCAAACCCCAAGGAGAUCAAAACAGACUAACUGGGCUUACUGUAUUAAAUGUGUAGUUCCAGAAAAUAUCCAUACCCCUCCCUAUUGAGUUGGUUGGAGGUAUGAUCCCUACCCCUUUGGAAUUUCCAACCCCCUGGAAAAAAAUAAAUACAGUAACUGUUAAGGAAAAAGGGCAUUUUACACCCCCUCCCCUCUGAAAAUUCCUGGGCGUUUGAAUCCCCCACCCCCCGGAAUUUCCAAUCCCCUCAAUGGGGCCAUAUGAAGAAACCGUUGUUGUUUUAGGGGUCUGGUACCGAGGAAUAUUGGUUUCUUUUCAGAUACUUUCUCCAUUGACCAAAGAUGGUCACUGUUUGUAUCUUCUGAUUACAAGUCAAAAAGUUUUCGAAGCACCUGCGGUACGGUAACCUUAAAAAUGUCAAGAAUCAUUCAUUUUUUCCAAAUAAGGAAUUUAUGUGACCGCGUUUGGCAAAAACGAGUGGGGUAUGGGUAUUUUGUGGAACUACCACAAUGCAAAACUAAUAACGCCUUAUUUCACUUGGGUUUCACGCUAUUCAGUUUUUUUAUACAGAGAGAUAUUUGAAUGGUGAAUAUAAAAUUAUAUAAAAAUUGUAUAGUAAGUUGUAUAGUAAAUUUAAAAAAUAUUUUUAUUAGUGCGCGAACAUUAUCAGGAAAACACGUAUAAAAGGGUGAUAAGGAUCAACAUAAUGUUGAAUGAUGCUGCAUUUUGGGCCAACAUUGCUGCGUGGUUUUCCAACAAUGUUAACAAUGGUUUAAAAAAGUUUAGAUCAAUGACACAUUGAAAUUCACUGCCUAUACAAACAGCUAAUCUUAAAAUGUUGUCAAUCAGACGACACUUUCAAUGUUAAUAAUCUAAAAAAAAAUUCACGUGACUCAUUUGACCAUGUGUGUAAUAUCAUGUGCGGGAAGGCCGAUUUAGACAGCACGAUUUAGUCGUAUGCGACCUGCCUACGACAUGUCGUAGCCCAGACUUACACGCUACGACUUUUGUAGUCGAACAUAGUAGAGGAGUCUUAGGCUGAUUUAAACUCUACGACUCGAGCUGUAGAGGUGUCCUUAUAACAAAAUCGUGCUGUUUUGGUAAGUGGAGUCCAUUUCUAAUAUUGUCAAUGUUAUUUUAUAUGGAUAACCUUUUCAAGAUCCGUUGUAUAUACCAAUCACAACGAUAAUUUUAAUCAUCUGUAAACCAAUAUAUGUUUUUUCAAGGUUGCUCAUAUUCUAUAAUAAAGUUUGACAAUCUCUGUCGCGUUCACGA